AUGCUAUUUUUAAUCCCUUUUCCAGAGUACGAACUCACAAAAAGCUCAUCGGACGAAGCCGACAGCGAUAGUGGCUGUUCGGUCCCGACAACUGAUAGCCGCAGUGAAUUGACGCUUUCGGAUACAGAGUACAGUUCUUUAGAAUGCAAAGAGCAUUCAUCAUUCCUUUUUGAGCUGAUGAGCCACAGUCCCUGCACGAAGACAUCAUGCAACAGCCACGAUUGGUCCGAAACCUAUUUCCCUACGCUCCAACAACCUGUUUCCGACUAUUCCAUGAGCCGAGGCGAAUUGGAAGCAGACUCCAGCUCGCCGCCGAUAACUUCAUUCGACAUGGAAGCCAACCGAAUGGGCAACUUAGGAGACACGCAUAUCUGUAUCGAUUGCGGGAAGCGGUACAGUACGUCCAGUAACUUGGCGAGACACCGACAAACGCACAGAAGCGUCAGCGACAAGAAAGCUCGCAAAUGCCCGCACUGCGAGAAGGUGUAUGUAUCAAUGCCUGCUUAUAGCAUGCACGUUCGCACGCACACGCAAGGCUGUGAGUGUCCUUACUGCGGGAAAAGAUUCAGCCGACCCUGGUUGCUACAAGGACACAUACGAACGCACACAGGAGAAAAACCGUUUGCAUGUCCCAAAUGUGGUAAGGCUUUUGCCGACAAAUCCAAUUUGCGAGCCCAUAUUCAGACUCACUCGACCGAGAAACCCUAUGUUUGUGGUCGGUGCGGCAAAGCUUUUGCUCUGAAAAGCUACCUUUAUAAACAUGAAGAAUCUUCUUGCAUGAGGGGCCAAAGAUAUCGACACUAA